GUGCAGCAGGCGGCCCUCAUCAGCAGACUUGAAGUCACCUCGUAACAGGCCAGGCAGUCGCCAUUUUAUUGUGUUCAACCGAAGUUUUAACAAACUGCAUGAAUCGCUCGUAAGUUUGAACAUUUUGUGAUGUUGACGAUUGUCGAACAUUCGGAUAAAAGUGUGAUGACCGUCCUACAGUGUAGGUAACAGCUUGUGACGUUGUUCUGGCUGCAUCUAUUAUUAUUAUUAUUCGUAAUACUGAAGAGAGAGAGUGCAGAGUACGUUGGUUUCGAAGCAAUGGGCUCCAAAGUGGAAUACGUUGAGUCGUCACACAUUUACGCUACCAACUACGUGCGCAACUCGAAAGCCAUUGGGGUAUUGUGGGGUAUUUUCACUAUAUGCUACGCCAUAAUCGUGGUGGUGGCAUUUGUUACACCAGAGUGGAUAGGCGACACCCUGGAGUCGGAAUAUCCCGGGCGGUUUGGGCUGUGGGCGAGGUGCUACUUCCACAGUUCGUCAGGAGGCGGUGAGGACUGUCAGGGUAGCCUGGAUGACCUGUCCACUGUGUCCAGCCCUGCCUUCAGGGCGGCCACCGUCUUCGUGGGACUGGCCGUCAUCCUCGCCCUCCUCGCCAUAUGCGCUAUGUUGUUGUUCUUCUUCUUCCAAUCUACCACCGUCUUCCACGUCUGUGCGUGGAUCCAGGUUUCCUCAGCGGUGUGUCUAAUUGUGGGCGUCGUGACGUACCCUGCCGGUUGGGACGCCAGCGAGGUGAGGCGCACCUGCGGCACAUCCGCGGGCCGCUACGAGUUGGGGGAAUGCGGUCUGCGGUGGGCCUACCUUCUGGGCGUCAUCGGCUGCCUGGACGCCGUCAUCUUGGCGGCGCUCGCCUUCAUCCUUGCAACCCGCCACGUCAGACUGCAGGUCGAGCCAGGGUACACGGCCAACGGCUCGCUCUACAAAGGUGAAGUGAAUGGAGGUUUCGUGGGCGAUGCACAGUCAGUAGGCGGGUCCAGGAAGUCGCUGAACCUCCACCCCGUGCUCCUAAUGCCUCAACCUCACCACCCAGGAGGUGAGACCGACCGCUUCUCCGAAUUCUCUAAUCGCACCGGUCGCUCCAAGUCGUCGGCAUAUAGAGCCGAGUAUGCGUCCAGCAUCCAGAACUUCCAGCUGUGAGGACUUCUGAUGCAAUAAUACAGGAUGUUAAUUUUGUAAUGGAACCAUCUUUAACCGAAGACAUCGCCGGGACAUUCCACUUGUAAUUCUGGGACAUGUCCGCGGCUCUCAGUUUGAUUUAUGGGGGGUUUAGUUAUAUUGCAGACUGAUUUGUCUGAACCGUCUCCUCGCGUCCAUGCGGAUAGAUUUGGAGAUGAAUGUCCCAUUAACCAUCCGUCUGUAUGGUGAAAUAAUAUUCUUGAAUUCUACUUUUAUGCCAGCCUUGUAUUCUGUAAGUAUUCUGGCCUCUGUUUACUUCAUUCGGUUUCAACAGUUAGUGUUGAUACGAGGAAACAAAACAAAAUUUUUCACCAAAACAUAAUUUAUGUAACGUUUGUUUACUGUGUGAUACCCCGUUAAGUAAUUUCUGAUUUUAACAGUGUCUAGCAUUCCCUUUCCGCCACAUAAAACAGUAGAAUGGAAAUCAAUAAAAUUAAUUUCCGUUCCCACGUGUAUCCAGAAUUUCUGAAAAAACACGACUUGUUCUGCAUUAAACCGGUUGUAUAUUUUAUUAGUCAUAAAAGAGACAUAUGUUUGUGUUAAAUGCAGUAAUCUCGUUCUUCUUAAAAGAAAACUAGUUAAAGAGCAAUGUAAAAUGA